AUGUUAUAUUUAAGUGAUGCUCUUCGUUGUUAUUAUCUAUCUCUCUGGCUAGCGGUCUAUCUAUCAAAACAUGUCUAUUGUAUCUGUUCAUAUCUUCAUCUAUCUAUCUAUCGCUCUAUCUAUUUGAAUAUGUAUAUUGUAUCAAUCUCAAUCCGUUCAUAUAUAUCAAUCUUUCGUUUGUGUAUCUAUCUAUCUAUCUAUCUAUCUAUCUAUCUAUCUAUCCCAUUAUUUCCAAUCUGUUACGCUUUUCUUCCUUUUCCUUUCAUUCUUGUCACUUCUGCCUUUCUUUCUUCUGUUUUUUCUUUCUUUUAUUUUUUUCCAAAUUUUACAUUCAAACUUGUUUUUCUUUCGAUUUUCAUUCUAUCCUUUCUUCAUUUUCUUUUCAUUAAAGUUAUUUUUCCCCUUCUUUCAUCUUUUCGUUCUUCUUCUUUUCCACAUUUCCUUCUUUACCACGAAUUCUUUUCGUUUUUUACCUUUUUUUUCCUAACACUUUUAUUCUUUUCCUUCCUUUUCUUUUCUAUAUCUUUUCAUUCCAAUUUCUCUUUCUCUUCUCUUUAUUGA